UGACAUCUUUUUGUUUAAACAAGAAAAUACAUGUUCUGUAGAUAACUAGCAUGUCGUGGAGCUUUUUCCGCAGAGCUUCCAUGGCUACUACUCUAACCUUCAAUCCCACAAGAAUCAACACAACUGCACCGCUCCAACCUCACAAACCCAUCACUCCCAACUUCUUUUCUCUCUCAAAUCUCUCCAAAACCCCUCUCUUCCCCUCGAAAAUCUCACUGACCCGACGCCAUAAUCGACCCGAAUCAUUACCCGAAAGCUCCCUCUCAGUUCCAGAACAAGUGGAAUUCGAUGAAAUUGAAGAUGACCCAACUGCAGAACUGAGUUACCUUGACCCGGAAACCGAUCCAAGCAGCAUUACAGAGUGGGAGCUGGAUUUCUGCUCGAGACCCAUUCUGGAUGCCAGAGGGAAGAAGAUGUGGGAGCUGGUGGUUUGUGACGCUUCACUUUCACUUCAGUACACCAAGUAUUUCCCCAACAAUGUUAUCAACAGUAUUACCCUCAAAGACGCCAUUGUUUCAAUAUCUGAGCAACUGGGUGUCUCCAUGCCUCAGAAAGUUCGCUUCUUUAGUGUUUUGUCUUCAAUCUCACUCAAUGAGGAUCAAGAUCUACUUCUUCAGACUCUUAGCCCUACGGGUAAGCUAAAACUAAUCCAUUCUGCAUCACUUCAUUCUGUAUUAUUUGUUAUUUACUGUUGCUUUCACCAUUUUCAGUGUUUGUCAUUGCUCUUAUGGUUAGAGGAGCGUUACAAGACAAUAUACACACGUCAUCCUGGUUUUCAGAAAGGAUCUAAGCCACUUCUGGUCUUAGAUAAUCCGUUCCCAAUGGACCUUCCAGAGAACUUGUUUGGAGAAAAAUGGGCAUUUGUACAAUUACCUUUCUCAGCUAUCCAAGAAGAGAUCUCAUCCUUCGAGACCAAGUUCGUGUUUGGUGCAAGUCUAGAUUUGGAUUUACUUGGAAUUGAGAUUGACAAUAAGACAUUGAUACCAGGACUAGCUGUUGCAUCUUCACGAGCAAAACCAUUGGCAGCUUGGAUGAAUGGAUUGGAAGUAUGCUCAAUCGAGGCAGAUAUUUCUCGGGCAUGCUUGAUUCUAUCUGUGGGAGUUUCUACACGAUAUACUUAUGUGACUUACAAGAAAACACCCGUAACAACUAGUGAAGCCGAAGCUUGGGAAGCAGCGAAAAAAGCCUGUGGAGGUUUACAUUUCUUGGCCAUCCAAGAGGAUUUGGAUUCCGAUGAUUGUGUUGGGUUUUGGCUUUUAUUAGACUUGCCACCACCUCCUGUAUAAUUCAAUAACAUCCCAUGGAUUUCCAUUACACUUCUCUUAAACAUAUUUCUUUUUCAAACAAUUUUAGCGAUCCCAA